AUGUUCUACAGCCAUGAAAUCCUCACGUCGCCAGAGCACGGCGUGGCCACGAUAUGGCUCGUCGCAACUCUCGGCUCGCGGUCGAUUACUCGAAGACUCAACCGCAAGGCCAUCCUCGACGUGGAUGUCCCCGGUGCUUGCAGUGUCAUCGUCAAUCCUGAGGCCCCCAUGGCUCUACGACUGCAGGGAAGCUUGCUAUUCGGAGUGUCGAGGGUAUACGACCAGCAGUGCGGAUAUACUCUACUCGAUGCGCAGACGAUGCGUGACAAGAUGGUUUCCAUAUUGAAGCAGCUGCCAGGCGGAGGUCUGGAUCCCAGUGCAGGAAAGACCAUGCCUACCAAUCUGAUCCUCCCAUACGACCCGACCUUUCUACCCGAGACAGGGCUUCCUGGUUUAGAUAUUAACUUCGCCUUAUUCGAUUUGACGACUGACGACAGCUCGACGCAGCGAUCCAGUAGCUGGACCACCUCCCCGGCUACCAGCCGGUCUGGUAAUUCCCAGGUUGGGAUCAUCCAGCUUGAUUUGCCGACGGACGAUUUCAUUAGAGAAGGCGAUGGCCAGGACCUGAAUGUGGAUAACAUCACCUCGGGAAAGAAAAGGGGACUCUUCGGUAGAGAGGCACAGGGAGACCUCGAGGAUGAGGGUAUUCUGCUUCAGCCGGACUUUGAAUUCGACGAGGAUGGUAACAUUAUUGAAUUCGACAUGAGCAAUUUGUCGCCCCGCAAAAGAAGGAAGGCUAGCCCGGAUUCGAAAGAGCCGGAUGGGGCUGCUGGUGAAGGAAUCCAAGGGGACGCAUUGAUGGACAUCAACGAAGACAUCCCGCUGCCGACGGGGGAAGAUGCAAUGGACGUCAACGCUCCAUCUGGACCACAGGAUGCUGAGAAUAGUAAUGCUUUUUCCGUGGGAGACCGUCUGAUGGAAGACGGGGAGAUCCAGCGUACCGGGGAAGCACGCGCCCAGCAGCGGAUCCGACAAGCCAAACCCAUCAUCUCAGACGAUAGUACAACCUUGCGCAACACAGACUUGGCCAAGUGGAACGAUGAGUACGCGGACAAUAUGGCCCAGGCCAUGAAGCAGAAAAAGCAGAACAAAUUGCCCACUCUGGCAAAGAAGAACGCGGCCUUUUGGGUCUUUGGCCUGGGUAUUGGGUCCGUUGGUAUGGGACUGGGUAAACACCGUGAAGAUGGCCCGCUCAAGGAAUACGCGGGCGACGAACUAUACGGCCUGCUAUCUGGAAAGAGUGGCAGCCACCAGCUUGAAGACGAUGAGAACGAUGACGAAGAACAGGCACGUCGAGCGCUCGGCCAGCCUGGACAGAAACAGUCGCUCGACGUGGAAAUCGGUCGACACGCCCCGUCCAGCGUGUACGAUGAUCGGUCCUCACAAUUGCCAUGGAACAUCACAGCCUCCCUCCAAGACUCGAUCCGAGGCCAGCGCUUCGGAAGCGUCUCGGGUUCCUCUGCUCGACCCCGAGGUCGUCUCACGAGCGCCAGCCCUCUGGCCGGACGGGGCUAUCCCGACGGGCGCCAGCGUCACAGCAGCCUAUCCAUCCCCAACGUAGGCGAUGAUCUAGACGAGCUCGAGGGGUUAGAUAUCACGCAAUACCUAGAGGGCGAGCUAGCCCCAGACAACGAAGAUAUUAGCACGAUCACCGCGCGACGCAAGUCCAUGCUCGAGCGCAUCACGUCCACGCUAGACACGGAGAGUCUGAACUUCUUCGACUUCAUCCAGAUGAAGCUCGACGAGACGGUAUCCACCUCUAUCAAGCCAGGUGUCAUUACAUUCUCGGCGCUACUCCCGCCGACCGAGACCACGCACACCGUUGCCGCACAUGGAUUUAUGAAUGUGCUCACGCUCGCGACGAAGGGUAUUCUGGCGGUGUCGCAGGAGCCGUGCACUGAUCUGGGAGCUUCCAGUUGGGGCAUUCGUUUUCAGCAUGGUGAGGUGUCGCUGCGGAUGAUGGCUAGGGGUGGAAUGUGA